AUUAAAGCAUAUAUCAUUAAUUUUGCAUCGCAAGCAGUUUUGUGAUUCGACAGUUUCGUUGAUCUUAAUAAUUUUGUAUGGAAAAUUAUAUGCCGUUUUCUGAUUCGUUUAUCGUAUCAUUGUUUUACCUCUGGGCUGCGCUAAUUGAGCAAAUUAAACGGAUCCGCUAAUUGCGUUGAAGUUGCGCGCGGCUCAACACGUGCCAGUUACAUAAUUAUCAUAAUAAUAUUGUCAACGGAUGGUUCGACUACAACUGGGGCGAAAGACAAGACAACUAGCAAAAAACGGAAGUUUAAUUGUUGGUAUCGGCGUCUGCGUUCGGAUGAGCAUCAAUCGAGUGGGCUAUCUGUGUUUUGUUCGUGCUUUGUUAUGAGUAAAUGUUGCGUUUAAUUGUUGACCUCACUUGUGCGUGGCGUGCAUUCUGGCAUUGUAGAUUGCACAAGUAUGUUAGACAGCUGAGAUUCUGCAGCUUUUAAUUAAAUGAAAAAAUUUCCCUGUCGAAUGCACCGCCCGGUCGACUUUUUGAUACGUUGUUCUGUGAUUGUUUUCGUGUCCCUGUUGUUGUUGCAGUUGUUGAACUUGGAAUUAGUCCACGCGCACUCUACUAGAGAAAAGCGCGAAGCUCCCUGCCGAGCGUCAGAAGAAAAUGGGGCAGGGUUUUGUUUGGAUGCAGAUAAACUGCAGUCGCAGUGCGUCGGUCGAAUGGCCAUUGCCCAACAGUCCCGGGAGUGUAAGGCGGAUCAGUGGUGCUGUUUACGCAGCGGAAGACGGUUCCACGGUAAAGUUGCCAUGAACAGACUACUGAAAAGUACUUCGGUCGAUGAUGCACCAUGCGGGCAUGGUAGCAACUUCAACCGCAAUCUCUUCACAUCCGGUGGCGAAUCGAACAUACGGCGUUUCGCCAGAAUUUUCGACGGAAACCCAGUUGAUCCGGGUGAUGUUUGUUGGAUUGCUGCCAUAUUCGACAAAGGCAACGCCACGUUAGGAAUUCCAUUUACUUAUUUGUGUGCCGGCGCUGUUUUAAAUUCCACUCAUGUUAUCACUGUCGCCCACUGUGUCGACCGUCUGUUGUCCGAUACCGGCCAAAUACUCAUCCAGACAGGAAUCACCGACGCAUCGCCUGGCAUGCGGAAUGUCAAUGACGGUUGUAGUCAGAAUUUCGCUGUGGCAGACCUGAUCAUCCCAGAUUCCUACGAUCCCGAUACGCUGGAUAAGGAUUUCGCCAUACUGAAGGUUAAAGGGAAGAUCCGCAGCAAUGACUGCACUUGUCGUGCAUGUACAUUGGACCGGACAGUGUCCAGUUCCUCUAUGGUAACAUGCUGGGUGGCCGGUUUUGGCGCAACACGAGAAGGAGGACAAGGUUCCUUGCAACUUACAAAAUCGACUAUCGAUUUUGUGAGACGAGACCGAUGUGAAGUGUUGCUCGGAAGUCAACUGUCAGGAUCCAAAAGAUUUAAAUUAGCCGACUCAUCCGUGUGUGCUGGCGAUAUCCAACGGGGAGGAAUUUGCACGAACGACGGUGGUGCUCCUUUGACCUGCAUCGUCGACGGCCGGCACACACUGGUAGCGCUGGGAAGUUGGUCUACCGACUGUUCCCGAAUGCCCAGCAUUUUCGCCAGUCUGAUGUCCUGCCCGCAACUUCUCCAGGAUCCUAACGUCCCCUGCAACCUUAACGAAGCUGUCUUAACCGCGGCAGUCGCCCUGACGGAUACGGUAAUGGACGGAAGUGGACCGAAAUGCGGCAUACCCGGCACCAACGAAGUCGAUCCGUUUGCUCUGGCCAAUCAGAGCCCGGAUAAACAGGCACAAGAUGCGCUGCGCGUCAAGAAAGAAGCCAAAUCCCUGAAGACGAAGAUUCUGACGACCGGUUUUCCCAUGAUGAGCGAUCAUACCAUACCGGAAAUCAUUACCGACGACGAUGAGAUCAGAUCGAAACAGGGCACCAUCAUGCUGCCCGGCGGUAAUCUCUCCUCCAUAUCCAAACUGUUUCCGGCGGAAACCAUCGUCGGUGGUGCAACCGUGCCACUUAAUCAGAUCUGCUGGCAGGUCCUGGUUUCCACAGGCUGUGGAGGGAGCAUCAUUUCGGAUCAGCAUAUUUUGACAGCGGCACACUGCGUGACAAUAGCGGGAACGACGAAAGCUAAAGAUCCUCGUAGUGUGCGUGUUGUCCUUGGGGCUACUCAGUCUCCUGUGCAGUUCCCACUGAAAGACUGUCAAGAACUGCGCUCUGUUCGGCGGGUUAUCGUUCAUCCGGACUACUUCCUGGGCAACGACACUAGCGAAUGGGUGUCCAGCGAUAUCGCCAUUCUCGAACUGGAUCGCAGCAUCGAUUUCCGCAACCCAUGCGUGUGCCGGAUCUGUCUGCAGAAUUCCGAACCGGCACCCGGUGAGAAGUGCACCGUUAGCGGUUUCGGCUGCCAGGUGCCGACUAAGCCGUCGUCACCGUGUCAGGAUCAGAAAGUGCGUGACCUUAUGAAGCUGAAUGUCAUCAUGCCGGGGAUGACGUCUGUUCGUCCUUCUUCAAUACUGACUUCCCAGCGAAAAUGCUGACCUGCUCCGCAUCCAAUCUCAGCCAUGCGCCCUGUUUCGGGGACAGCGGUGGCCCGGUGGUGUGUUACAACAGCGAGCAGAGCACGUAUUAUCAGGGGGGUGUGACAAGUUUCGCCAUCUUCCCCGACGGAAUG